CUUUGGCCGCCUUUGGACGCGUGUGCCAGGUCGCCGUGUCUGUCGUUCGACUGCCCAUAAUCUUGGCCCGGCUGGUGCUCCUCCGAUUAUCUCGCCAUCUCGCACAGAGCGCAGCAUCCGCGUAAAACACCACGAGCGCCGCAGGCUUAAUUCUGUUUUCCGUCGUAAUUUCGGUGUUAUUUCUGUUUUUUUUCGAUUCGCUCGUUGUAUUCGGGAAGUAUUCGAUGUCAUCUAAAAUAAAACGUGUUCCCAGGUUCCUAAUAUGUGUCAUUUCGCGAUCAUGCGAGUGUGUUAGCUAAUGCAAACAAAUAAAUGAUAAUGAUAAAAAGGCGAUAAACGUAUAAAGCUCCGCAAAAGAAAAGAGGUGCAAAAAAACAAUAAGAAAACCCCAUAUUCGUUUAAUUGCGCAUCGCACGGUGCCCGUGAAGUGCCAGAGUUCAGAAGCGGAGACGCCUCGUUGACAGGUUCCUGCCGUCUUCCAUAUUGCACCAGCGCUCACCGAGAAACCAUCAGAGGACAGAGUCAGGCCUUCCAGGCACCCACACAUGGCAGACGACGAUUUGAGGGCACUGGUCGAUAGCCUGGAUGACGCCUCGCAGGACGACCUGGCCAAGGUCAUCGCCAACUUCUCCGUGGACAUGCUGCAGCGGGCCAGCGCCCUAAUUGGCGUCCAGCAGGGCAGCAGUGGGGGGCUGCUCCAAAACCGCACGCAACAGUGCCAGCAGCAGCAGCAGCGGGAGGAGGAGCAGGCGUCCCUGGAGGCCCUAACAUCUGGUGCCAAGCGGAUUUUACAAUGUCCCAGCUCGUUCGAUUCGGUGCUUUGCUGGCCGCGAACAAAUGCCGGCAGCCUGGCGGUAUUGCCCUGUUUCGAGGAAUUCAAGGGCGUUCACUACGACACCACAGACAAUGCCACCCGCUAUUGUUUUCCAAAUGGAACCUGGAAUCACUACUCGGACUACGACCGCUGUCACCAGAACUCGGGCUCCAUACCAGUGGUGCCCGACUUCUCACCCAACGUGGAACUGCCCGCCAUCAUAUAUGCCUGCGGGUAUUUUCUGAGCUUUGCCACCUUGGUGGUGGCCCUCAUCAUAUUCCUCAGCUUUAAAGAUCUUCGUUGUCUGCGAAACACCAUUCAUGCCAAUCUGUUCCUCACCUACAUCACAUCCGCACUCCUGUGGAUACUCACAUUGUUUCUGCAAGUGAUAACCACAGAGUCUAGUCAGGCUGGCUGCAUAACGCUGGUAAUCAUGUUUCAAUACUUCUACCUAACCAACUUUUUCUGGAUGUUUGUGGAGGGCCUCUAUCUGUACACGCUGGUGGUGCAAACAUUCUCCAGUGAUAACAUUAGCUUUAUCAUCUACGCCCUCAUCGGCUGGGGCUGUCCAGCCGUAUGCAUUUUGGUGUGGUCCAUAGCCAAGGCAUUUGCCCCACAUCUCGAGAACGAGCACUUUAAUGGGCUGGAAAUUGACUGUGCAUGGAUGCGUGAAUCUCAUAUUGACUGGAUAUUUAAGGUACCUGCUUCACUGGCUUUGCUGGUUAAUCUAGUAUUCCUCAUACGCAUCAUGUGGGUACUCAUCACUAAGUUACGUUCCGCGCAUACCCUGGAAACGCGGCAGUAUUAUAAGGCCUCGAAGGCGCUGCUGGUGCUGAUACCCCUUUUUGGCAUUACCUAUCUGUUGGUGCUAACUGGGCCGGAACAGGGUAUCAGUCGCAAUCUCUUCGAGGCCAUCAGAGCCUUCCUCAUAAGCACACAGGGCUUCUUUGUGGCUUUGUUCUACUGUUUCCUAAACUCAGAGGUGCGCCAGACGCUGAGGCACCGAUUCACCCGGUGGCGGGAGAGCAGGAAUAUCCAUCGGAACAGCUCCAUCAAGAAUCGCAGGCAUCGCGCCUCAAAAGACUACUCGCUGAGAUCGCGAACCGAAAGUCUACGACUGACAUCAACAAGUCCUAUUCCCACUGGACACUAUGAAUGAACACCACACACAAAUAUACGUAUACGACACCAUACAUGUAGAGCAUACCCGUUCGUCCCUAAGUAUUGCAUGAUAGUUUACAUUUUAAGAGAUCAG